AUGGAGCACUCAUUCGAGCCCUUGAAGAACGACCUGUUGCUCCGGGCAGCAUGGGGACAGGAGGUCGAGCGUCCGCCCAUGUGGGUGAUGAGACAAGCUGGCCGUUACCUGCCCGAGUACCAUGAGGCCAAGGGCAACCGCGACUUCUUCGAGUGCUGCCGCGACCCCGAAGUCGCAUCGACGCUGACCCUCCAGCCCGUCGAGCGAUAUGCCGGGCUCCUGGAUGCCGCCAUCAUCUUCUCCGACAUCCUCGUCAUCCCGCAAGCCAUGGGCAUGGUGGUCGAGAUGGUGGACAAGAAGGGCCCGCACUUCCCGAACCCCCUGCAGUCGCCCACCGACGGCCAGUACCAGACCGUCCUCGACCGACCGGUCAACGUCGCCGACGAGCUGGACUACGUCUACAAGGCCAUCACGCUCACCAGGAAGAAGCUGGCUGGCAGGGUUCCCUUGAUUGGCUUCUGCGGUGCGCCCUGGACCUUGUUCUGCUACAUGGUCGAAGGAGGUGGCACCAAGCUCUUUGCGCAGAGCAAGACGUGGAUCUACAAGUAUCCGGAGGAGACCAAGAAGCUGCUGCACAAGAUUGCCGACAUCUGUGUUGAUCACCUCGCCCUCCAGGUCAAGGCCGGGGCUCAGCUGGUGAUGGUGUUCGACUCGUGGGCCGGAGAACUCGGCCCGGCGUCUUUCAGUCGGUUCUCCGAGCCGUACCUGGCGCAUAUUGCCCAGAAGCUGCCUGAGAAGCUGAAGAGUAUGGGUCUCGAUGCCGUCCCGAUGACAGUCUUCCCCAAGGGCGCCUGGCACGCCCUGGACUCGGCCUGCAGCCUCGGCUACAACGUCGUAGGAAUGGAUUGGCUGCAGGACCCUGCCGAGGCCGUCAAGAUUAGGGGCUCUCGCAACGUUGUCUUCCAGGGCAACGCCGACCCUGGUGUCCUGUACGGCACCAAGGAGGCCAUAACGGAAGCGGUGGAGCAGAUGGUCAAGGGCUUCUGGGUCGGCAACAAGGGCUGGAUCGCAAACUUGGGCCAUGGUAUCACCCCCGGCGUCAACCCUGACAACCUCAAGCAUUUCUUUGAGGAGAUUCAUCGUCUGACCAAGGCUUGA